AUGAGCUCGAACGUCGAGCUCCAAGACGCCGCCGACAAUGGCGCUCGACUGCCGUCGCGGGUGUCGCCCCACGAGCUCUUCUUCUUUCAGAUUCACCACGUGACGCUCACCGUCGAGAGCGGCACUGGCUAUCCAGGACAGGGCGGCUGCUUUUACGGCGGUCGGGGACGCUGCGACGUCUCACAGUACCGCCUCGUGUUUGUGUCGGACCGAGCACGGGAGACCAGCGCGUGCCAGUCCUUUUCUUUGCCGUUGUACGGGAUCCGCGACUGGCGCUUUGACACGAGCUUCUUUGGUGCAAAGAGCUGGCAGGGUCACGUGAAUUGCGUGCCGGGUGGCGGCCUUGUUGGAAGUGCUGGGUUUGAAGAGUUUCGCAACCACGUGGUGCCAUUGCUAGAAGGCUCGAGAGACUUGCAUCGCCAGUUUUGUGACCUCACGACUCCAUCUAUGCUGAUGGUACCAGGGAAGUCAGACGGACAAGAGGACAGCCCACGGAGAUUCGCAUAUUGCUCUGCUGCUGACCCUUUCACGCUCUAUGUCGUCAAGAAACCAUCUGCAAGCAGCGUCUAG